AUGGACAGAAUCAACCAGUCCAGUGUCACUGGAUUCCUCCUCUUGGGUCUUUCUGAGAGGCCAGAGCAGCAGCCACUCCUAUUUGGCAUCUUCCUGGGCAUGUACCUGGUCACUGUCGUGGGAAACCUGCUCAUCAUCUUGGCCAUUGGCUUUGACCCACACCUCCACACCCCCAUGUACUUCUUCCUGGCCAACCUCUCUUUUGCUGAUGGCUGCUUUUCUUCUACCAUAGUCCCCAGGAUGCUGGUGAACAUCCGGACACAUAAUCAGACCAUAUCAUAUGGGGAGUGUUUGGCCCAGAUGUACUUUUUCAUGAUGUUUGGAGGACUGGAUGACUUCCUUUUGGGGGUGAUGGCCUAUGACCGCUAUGUGGCCAUCUGUAAGCCUCUUCACUACUCCACACUCAUGAGUCCUCUUGUGUGUGUGCUCCUGCUCACAGCAUCCUGGGUUCUCACCAACCUUGCUGCCCUCUUACAUACCCUGCUAAUGGCAAGGCUCUCUUUCUGUGCAGGAAACACCAUCCAUCACUUCUUCUGUGAUGUGAUCCCUCUGCUGCAGCUCUCCUGCUCAGACACCUGCACCAAUCAGGUAGCCCUGUUCACUGUGGGCUCCAUAGUACUUACUGGUCCUCUCUCCCUCAUCACCUUAUCGUAUGCAUACAUCUUCUCCACCAUCCUCAGAGUCCCCUCUGCCUCUGGCAGGCAAAAGUCCUUCUCCACCUGUGGGUCUCACCUCACUGUGGUCUUCUUGUUCUAUGGUGCAGCAAUCGGUGUCUAUUUGUGCCGUUCUCCAUCACAGUCACGGGGUCAGUACACAAUUGCAGCUGUAUUUUACACAGUUGUGACUCCUAUGCUGAACCCCUUCAUUUACAGCCUCAGGAACAAGGAUAUGAAGACUGCACUGAGAAGGCUUUUUGGAAUUCACACUUUCUCUUCACAGGGACUUUAA